AUGCAAGCACAACCGCAUGUGGGAAUUGGGGCCAGCGGUAGCACUGGCGGCAACGGCGAUAACAGCAACAGUAAUAAUAAUGGGGCUCUAAUUGCUCUGCAAACAGCUGCAACAGCAGUAUUUCCUCAAGCCUCACAAGUCCCGUUUGAUCCAAAAAUGGGUAUCCCUCAGUCGCAGGGCUUCGUGACGUCGGUGUCACACUUCAAUCAGCCCUCAAUGGUUCCUUCCACCUGCACGGGUCUCCCAAUUACCCAACUCAGUUUGGCUGAAAUGGAGUCCAUUAUUUCCCCACUGACCAGACGUCGCUCGGAGGGCUUUGUACAGCAAGAGGUGAAGUUAAUGAUCAAGGAAAUCGAGAAACGACGCCACAUUCUUCUUUCCAUGUCUCCGGUGCAUAACAGGCUGAAGAAGAGAGCUUGGGAGGAAGUGGCUAACAGCAUGGCCCUUAAGCGCCCUCACGAACCGAGACGAACUGGAGAACAGAUAAAGAAGAAGUGGGAGAACAUCGUAUCUAAGACGAAGAAGAAGAUUCGAGAGGGACAAGUGACACCAGAGUUGGACUGGAGUGAAACGAACAGUAUGGUGAUGCAGUUUUUGGCUGCAGCCACACAGGAGAUGCGUGAGCGUCAGCAGCAGACGGCCCUCUACGGGAAUGCAGGUCAGGGCUACGACGAGGCACCGACGUUGCCCACCCAAUUGCCCCUUCACACUGCCUCAUACCCCCCCUCCACCACUGCUUCUUUCGUUGCCUCUGUCGCCCCUCCACCUCGCUUCCCUUCGGUCAAUCCUAACACCACUACUACUGUUCCUACCGCUAACAAUAACGACAGCAGUACAAAUGGUGACGUUUCGAUGGCGGAGCACAAGUGCAUGAACAGCAUGGGGACGCUAUUUCCAGAGGAAGGGACGGAUGGUGGCGUGAACCAAUCGGCGCGGGAUGAAACUGUUCCUGAGGGGGGAUCUCUGGUGUGCAAAGUAGAGGAGAGGGAGACAGAUAGGAGAGGAGCGGUGAUAAACCCAAACUCUGUGCCUGCUGGCCCCGUUACCGUUUCUACACCGAUCAUCGGUGACACUGAUGAGGAUGACGGGGAUGAUGAUGACGAUGACGAUUGUGCUUCUGAUAGCGACACCAAAGCCUUUUCCAGCUCCCUAGUUGAACGGAACAGAGGUGCUACGGAGUCACGUCGCCGUCAUCAAAAACGGGCAUUUGAGGCUGAAUUGUUGCAACAGGCUCGCAUGGAACACGCUCUCCGCAUGGAGAUCCUCCAGAUGAAACGGCGCUUUUGGCAACUUAAAACUGAGGCUCUCCUCCAAAAAGAAAAUCAUCAACGAUCCACCGGACCUUCGUAA